AUGGCAAGACAGCUAUGGAGGAAUUAUGGGAUGAAUAUACCACCUAUCCCCAAACUGGAGAAAUAUCCAAUGCACCGUCAACUGCAUUCAGAUUCAAGUAUUAUGGGGAAUAUGAACUACAAGCCCAAGAUGUCAUAUCCUGAGACUAUGAUAGAUUUUUGGAGCAGCCAAGAUACCAUUAACAAACAACAAGCAGCUCUCACCAUCCUGGCCACCUUGACCCCUUCCAGGAUAAUGUGGUACCAAAUAGACCCCAAAGAUAUGUUUAUAACUAUUUUAAAGGGGACCAACAAAGUGCAACUAUUGAAUGCUGCAUGGAAAGAUCCAUGCUUCAAGGAGAAGAGCAAAGAUGAGAAUGUUACUAGGGAAAAACAUCUGUCACUCACCUCAGCUGUGUCCAUGGGCCCAGACAUGCCAUUCAAACCAGUAUUUGGAUCAUUCUUCCCUGAAAACCCAAAAGAACCAACACUGUCAUCCUUGUCUAGUGUGAGGAAUAUUAGGAGCAUCCAUGAACCAAGUAUCAUCAAAGAAGAGUCCCAGCAGCCUCCUGAGUCCACCAGCAAUCAAUCUGCUCAAGAAGAGGAGCCUAACCUGGAAGGCAAUGCAGUGGUCAGAACUCAACCAGAAAUAGCAGACAAACAAAGGAGGACAAGCUGGCACUCAGCCAAAGACUACAUAUCUCCAGAUGAUCUGAGGACUGUCAAGCAAGACAAAGAAGAAGAGGGCCUAGAGGAUGACAGGGUGAAAGGGGUGAGUGUGGAGAGCAUGGAGAACAAAGUAGAGAAGGACCGAGAGGAAGAAGAGGUGAUAACGGUCCCCCUGGUGACAAUGGCUCACCAGGCCCUCCUGGUGAAGAGGCUGGCUGUGGGCACCUGUGGAAUAGUGAGCGGGCUAAAAGGCGAACCUCAAAAACCCACACACACACUCACACAACUACACAAACUACAAUCACCCUUGAACUUUUACAGGAAGGUCAUUCACUGGCGUGAUGCAACCUUCAAGGCAGAUUUGAGUUAUAAUACACAAGGGACACUGAUCCUGACAGAAACAGAGGCAAUACAUGCUGAAACUUUAGCAAGCACUGACUUAGCCUGCUCACUACACAACUUACCACCUUCAACACAUGCACGGGAACUCAGGGGCUCAAAACUUGGCUUCUACCUACUGUCUAGGCACACGGAACUAUCAGUCCUGGCAUAUGUCAUUCAAGACUUCUUUCUUGGAUUCACAGAGGCUUCUCGUAGACAUGGCAACAAGUACGAUGCGUCACAGUUAGCGAGCGUGCUAAGUACUCUCAGUGUCAUUGCAAUCUUCAAGGUUUUAUCUAGCUCCCGCGAGCGUGCUUGUAAGUUAGAGCCUAAGGCAUUGGGUAUAGGGUUUGGCCUUCUCAUCAUGCAUGCCCGUCAGGCUGCAGUCGCAACACCGGGCCCCUGGGACCUCUGGGAGGGCAUGGACUGA